AUGGAAAAUGGUAACGAAGACGCAGCUGAGAUUAAUUUAAAUACAUUGGAUGAUGUCAAGGAGGGGCCAGAAUUAAAUCUGACACAAGCGGAAGUAGAAACAGAAACAGAAAAGAAUCCGGAAAUUGAAACGGAUAUUGACCCCCAUUCCGUAACACCACCACCAUUACAAUCACCUUCAGAAAUCGUACAUAAUGUUCAAUUACCGUCGAGAGAGCCCAUACAAAUGUGUUUGCAAUUGGACGCUACUAUGCCCCAGUCACUAAAAGAAGACAAUUUGGAGAAUCUUGAAAAAUUAUCUGCGGUGCUGGGCAGUUACGACAAGACUACAUCCAAUUAUCUACUCCAAUCCAAGCACAAUAUUCUUUCCCUUCAAUUCCGCGACAAGGAUUCAAAUACCCAAAAGACUAUAGAAGAUGGAACCAAAAAUAUCAAGAGCACUUUUAGCAAUAUCAAAAGCAUUGUAGGAGGCAUUAAUGGCGAGCACUCUCCAUACAAGAUUGAUUGGGAAUUCUGGACACUGGUUGUUGAGGACUACGACUUCAUAGUCAACAACCGUUUGCAACAAUUAAACGAGCUAAUUACUCAAGGUAUACCUAGUGAGAUCAGGGGGAUAAUUUGGCAAAUAGUAACAAAGUCAAAAGAUGCAAACUUGGAAGAUCUUUACCGCUUAAUGAAACAAGAACCAUCGAUUCACGAAAAGGCCAUCAAAAGGGAUUUGACAAGGACGAGCUUUUUCACAAAUAUUGAUGCAGUGAAUAAAGCGGAUGAAUUGUUUAAUGUUAUAAAAGCGUACUCCUUGUAUGACCCCGAUGUUGGAUAUACACAAGGAAUGAUUUUCAUUGCUGUGCCAUUGAUUAUGAAUAUGAAUGAAAGUGAAUGCUUUUGUCUUUUGGUCUUGUUGAUGAAAGAAUACAAAUUGAGAGAGUUGUUUUGUCCUGAAAUGAAAGGGCUACAUUUACUAAUAUACCAGUUUGAUAGCUUGUUGGCGUUGCAUACCCCUGCAUUGUACAACCAUCUUGUGAGACAGGGAAUAAAAUCAUCCAUGUAUGCGAGCCAAUGGUUUCUCACUUUUUUUGCUUACAAGUUCCCCUUGGAUAUUGUUUUGAGAAUAUAUGAUGUUGUUAUCACGCAAGGAAUGGAAUCAAUACUAAAGUUUGCAAUCAACUUGAUGGUGCAAAAUGAGGAUAGUUUGCUAGCAUUGUCAUUUGAUAAGCUAUUGGAAUUCUUAAAGGAAAAGUUGUUCAACGUUUACGUUAAUCCCAAUUUCAUAAAGUCAAAAGAUGAAGGAAGGAGCAGCUCAGCAAAAAGAUUUAGCUCUAUACUAUCAAGAAGAUCAUCUGGAAUAAUUCCCAGUGCUUCAUCACCUACAGCUUCAACUUCUAUGUCUUCUUCUAUUCCAGCUGGGUCCACAUCAUACUACAUGCUUGACCAGUUGGUCCAAGAUUCAAUGCAAAUCAAUAUCGAUCCCUUAGAUUUAGCAAAGUUUGAAAACAGAUUCAAUAAAUGUUAUGAUGACGAAAAGGCAAAAUUACAAGAUAUCAACAACAUGAAAAUUAAAAAUGGCAAGCUUAGACAUCAAUUGAAACAUUUGGAAUUCCAAUACUCGAAUUUGGAUAGAGAUCAUGUUGAUGUAAUGCAGAAGAUGGUGAAUCUAAAAGUGACUUUACCCGAGGUUAUCAAUGACAAUAAUGAUUUAAAGUCAAGUAUCGCCAAGUUGCAAGAAAACAUCAAGGAGUUGGAAUCAAAAACGGAGUCGCAAGAUGCCCACGAAGUUCCUAGUGCUAUCGAAGAUAAAAUAAAAGAACUACUAUCGGUAAAUGCCCAAGAGGUUGAGUUAACAGCAAAUUUGGAAGAUGAGCUUGACGCAUUGACAGAAGAGAAUAAUCAACUAGAUCAGCAGUUGAAGAAAACAAAUACUGCUUGGUUUAAAUGGGGAUAG